AUGAGCACUGCGGUUUCUGCCUCGUCUUCCACGGCCGCUGCGAAGGACGACUUGACUCCUUUCGAGCGGAUGCUCAGCGGAAUGGCGAGUGGUAUUUUGACGAAGACUGCAUGCGCCCCGAUGGAUCGCCUUCGUCUUCUCUUCCAGGUUCAAGGCAUGCUGUCCCACCAACAGGAGAGACAGAAGGCUGCGCCUCACUCCCCCUCAGGUGUCCCAGCUUCUUCACCUUCGUCUCGCCCUUCUGUGCAUCCUUUCGCUUCCCCCCUCUCUGCUUCUGUUUCUUCUCCGUCCCCUCCUUCCUCGUCUGUUUCCAAUGCUUCUCUGAGCCUGCCCUCGGGUUCGGCGCAGUUCCCGACGCCUUUGUCGCUUUCGCAACAAGCGUCUUCCCCGAAGAAGUACUCGGGAGUCCUUGCGUCUCUGCGUCUCGUCAUUCAAGAGGAGGGCGUGCCGGGGUUGUGGAGAGGCAACGCCGCGAACGCCUGCAGAGCCGCAGCGGCGUAUGCAGUGAAGUUUCCGGCGAACGAUUGGGCGCGCGGACUGAUCGAGCGAAUGCAGAAUUCGAGUGGGCUCUUCGGCGAAGCUACAAACCGAAGCGGCGGGGCACAGCCUGACACAGGCGGUGGAGCGGCUGGCGCGCUCAAAGAGAGUCUCAACCAGGCUCAAACUGGCGAAAACCAGGUGUCUGGACGCGUCAAGGCGAGGGAAGAGAUGGAGGGGAAGACGGAAAAAAAGGGCAAAGUUGGGGUGGCGGGUUUGAUGCUUGCGGGAUCCAUUGCUGGUGCGCUCCAGAAAGCUCUCUGCUACCCGCUCGAUCUCGUCUCUGUCCGGAUCGCGAUGGGCAUCAACACCGCCGCUCUCGCGGGAUACGCAGCGCAAAAUGAAUCGGAAAGCAAGGCGUCGCCACGCACAUCAGCCAGAGGCGCCCUCGCCUCUUCUCUCCCUUCACAGGCUGUGCCGUCGUCUGCGUCUGCUGCCUCGUCUUCGUCUCCGUCCUGUUCUCCCCUCCAGCGAGCGGCGUCUCCGCACCGCAUGAAACAGGAAGCGCGGCUUUACUCCGGAAUCGCGCAGUGCGUGACGCGUAUAUACACGACAGAGGGCCUUCCCGGUUUCUACAAGGGCUUCGCCGUCUCCCUCUGGUCAGGGGCGCCGUACGUCAUGCUGCAGAUGACUUUCUACGAACUGUGGAAGAGCCUUGCAAACUUCUGCGCCCAGAUCAUCGUCUUCCCCUUCGACACAGCCCGCAAGCGACUCAUGGCUGACGGGAUCGACGGACGAAAAAAACUAUCCUGUCGGGCCUGCUUGAUUUCGAUUUACCGGCGCGAAGGCUUCGCCGCAUUGUUCGCGGGUCUCUGGCCGGCGACGCUUCGGUGUUUGCCGGCAGGCGCUCUUCAGUUUACCUCCUACGAGUGUUUCAAGUUUUUUUUCCAGAUGCAACACGAAAGACACAACGGCAUACACCUUCAGAGUACUUGA